GGCACCAGCUGGUAGACAGUGAAUGACCCUUAAUAAGUUUGUUGGCAAUUGCUCGACUUUGCUAUGCAGGUUGACGCUCUCAUGGCAACACGGACAGGAUGUCAUUCUCGGCUGGUUUCAUUAAAAGAAAAACGAUCCUGCCUCUCAGUUUAAAAAAAAAAAAAGCAGCAGCAGCAGCUGUAACUGUUGAAGCAGCAUGCACCUAAUAAGCUACUUCUAAAUCUGGCUCCAUCAUUUCAGUCUGUGGACUAGCAGAACAGAGCUCCCAGAAUCAUUCCAAAGCCUCUGCGGCAGAAAUGGAGAAAAUAAGGGUACGAAAUUCCUGGGUGCCAACCUGUCUAUGGCAACCUAGAAUUCUCCAGGGCAGGCUCGCAAAAUCUUCACCUACCCUCUGGGACAGUACUUUGCAAGAACAGAAGGGGGAAUUACGGAAGCGCCUAUCCUAUACUACCCACAAACUGGAAAUGCUUGAAACAGAAUUUGAUUCUACGCGCCAGUAUCUUGAAAUAGAACUGAGACGUGCUCAGGAAGAACUUGAAAAAGUAACUGAAAAACUGAGAAGGAUACAAAACAAUUACCUAGCCUUACAACGAAUUAAUCAGGACCUGGAAGAUAAACUUUACAGGAUGGGUCAACAUUAUGAAGAGGAAAAAAGGGCUUUAAGCCAUGAAAUAAUUGCGCUCAAUAAUCAUUUAAUAGAAGCCAAGGUGACAAUAGAUAAGUUGUCAGAAGACAAUGAGCUCUAUAGAAAGGACUGCAAUUUAGCUGCUCAGCUGCUCCAGUGCAGCAAGAAUUACAACAGGGCACAUAAGCUUUCUGAGCUGCCAUCUGACUUUCAGGAAAGAGUCAGCAUCCAUCUGGAAAAGCAUGGGUGCAGCCUUUCUGUACCUCUCUGUCACCCAUCAUUCGCUGAUACCAUACCAACUUGCGUCAUUGCUAAAGUGCUGGAAAAACCAGAUCCAAACAGCUUGUCCUCACAUUUGUCAAGCACAUCUACAAGAGAUCUUGCCUUUCAGGACUCUGCUGGGAAGCUUGGGCAAAAGCCCCAAUACAAGUCUGACAUCUAUUGCAGCGAUACAGCUCUUUAUUGCCCUGAGGAGAGGAGGAGGGAGAGGAGACAGAGUGUGGAUAUGCAAGUGAAAGAUGUAGGGUUUUUGAGAUCCCAGAACUCUACUGACAGCACUGUAGAAGAAGAUGGCUUCCAUUCCAGCUUCUCUCAUGAAGCCUUCCCAGAAUACGUUACCUCUUUACCAACCUCCAGCUCCUAUUCCAGCUUUAGCGUUACAUCGGAGGAAAAGGAGAAUGCCCAGGCCAGCACUCUGACAGCCUCUCAACAAGCAAUCUACAUGGGCAACAGAGAAGAAAUGUUUGACAGAAAGUCAUCUUCAGGUUACGAACAUCAGGGAAGUCCUAGGUUUGCCAAGUCCAAACCUGUGCAGCACAUGGAACUUGCUGAUGACAAUGACAACUCUCCCACUUUUACUCGGACUCUGUCUCCUUAUGCAAAUGAGCCUUUCCAUUUCUCAGCCAUAACUACGCAACAGGUGUUGGCAAGUCAGAAAAUGAGGAAUGAGUGCAGAAGCACCCAUCUCUCAGAAGAAGACUUACCCAGUCGGUGGAGGCAGCUGAGUGCAGAGGACAUUGGUGCAUAUUCUUAUAGGAACACUGGCAGACUGUCCCCCUGCAGUUUUUCAGAACAGUACUACAGCAGUCCAGUCAAAAAAACUGACAGCCGAGCAAGCCCCAUCUAUGCCAGUUACAAAGCAGACAGCUUCUCGGAGGGAGAUGAUAUCUGCCAAAGCAGACUUGUGGAUUCUUGCUUCCUGAGAACAGACAGUGGCCUGAAUAUUGACAUCAGCAGUAGCUGUAAACAGGACAAGUUACCCUCUUACAAAACAAAAGAAUCAAGAGACCAAAAAAAUGAACGGAUAACGGUCCAGUUGUGCAGUAGCAAAAAUAUGGAAAGUAGCCCAGUGUUGAAAAGGGAGUAUGUCGAUGUAAGCCCAAACAGCUCGGCAGAAUCUCUCAAUCAGAGUUCAAUGGAGGCGUCAGAGAUCCAUCAGUCUUCCAUGGAGCAAGGGAGCCAUUCAGGCCUUCACAGCAAACAGCAGCAGUUUCAACGGACUGGGAGUACAGGUCUGAGUCGGAAGGACAGCCUUACAAAAGCACAAUUAUAUGGAACCCUUCUAAAUUAACCAUCUUCCAGAACUGCAAUAAGAAAACAAACAAGCACCAUUUGAUACUUCUAGUGAAUGACCAGGUUCUAAGAAACAGGAUUAUUACAAAAUAUAUAGUCCUAAUGGUACUGUAGGUUUGAAACAAAAACCUGUUCAAAACACGUUACAAUUUUCACACACCAUCCUGUCCAUCUGGGAGACUACCCUUCCCCCUCUUUUAUAAACCUGAAAUAUUUUUAUAAACAAAAUGGUAUUUAUUAGACUCUCCUUAAUAUCAGCUAUUUGAGCAGUACUCUUUUCCCUUCAAGCAGGUUUCUUAUUUAUUUUUGUGCAUGAGGCCAGCUGUGCCUAAAGUCUUGGAGGAAAAGGGUUACAUCAUUAUUGCAGUGACAACAAAUAAACCCGUCAGAUAAAAUAGCGUAAACUCCGCGUCCUGUGAAACUGAAAUAUACGAGAAUGGUGAAUUCAAAGAAGUAUAUUUUUAAAGGAGAACAGAAAUGUAACCUAAGUUAUUUCAUACAAAUGUAUCUAUGAGUGAAUAAUGUAUGCACAAUGUGAUACAAAUAUUUUGUUCUUUUACUUCAUUGUGUUUCUGCUUCCCUAUUUUCCCCUUGUAUACUACCUCAAAAGUAAUUGAGGGUUUCUUGUCACAUAUUUUCCGUAGGCUUGCAUUUAUAUUGUCUAAAAUGCAUGUGGUGUCAUAAUUAGUACUGUAUUUUGCAUUACUUAAUAAAAGACACAAAUGGAAA